AUGACCAGCGACCGUGGUAUCUCUGCAGCUGCUACUCGCUGUGGUAAGAGACAAUGGGUGCUUUUGUCCUCUGUGGCGUACGUCGUCGUGCUUGUGCUGCUAGCGUCCCUAACCACACCUAGCUCAGUGUCGGCGGUUUCAACUGCUGUCGCAUCACUUCGACACGGUGGCGUUGGAACCAAAGAUACAUUCAGUUACGAAGAUGCCGGAACCGAGGAGGAAGGCUACUGCGCACCGUACAACGGGAAGGUUUGCAAACGAUUUAUCAACAGUCGCCAGGUGUGGUACAGUCGUAAAGAUGGAAAUGGAGGUUGGGAAAACGAAAAAAUUACCACCGCACUGUUUGACGAUCUCAUAACCGAUCUACCACAGUACUGCCGUCCUGCCGCAGAGAAACUGCUAUGUGCGUACGCUUUUCCUCAAUGUGUCAUCAAUGAGGGUUCUACUAUUCGGUUGCCGUUGUGCUACGAAGAUUGUGUAGCGACGUAUCUGCAAUUUUGCUACAACGAUUGGGCACUGAUAGAGGAAAAGAAGGAACGUGGUGAUGUCAUUAAAUCUAGAGGCCAUUUCCGGCUUCCGAACUGCGAGGAACUUCCACGGUAUAACAAAACAGCCAAACCACCCGUUUGCUCGCACGUGGGUCUGACCGAACUGGUCUCCGAGGAAGUGACCUACGAUUGCCGCAUGGGGAAUGGAAGAUUUUAUCUUGGCACGGUAAAUGUAACAAGCACGGGUAUUCCCUGCCAAAAGUGGGACUCACAAGAACCACACUCACACCAUAAGCCACCGUUGGUGUUUGCCGAGCUGCAGGAUGCGGAAAACUAUUGUCGAAAUGCGGGUGGCGAAGAACCGACGCCGUGGUGCUACACAACCGAUAAAACCGUACGAUGGCAAGCUUGUGAUAUUCCGCUCUGUCCAAACUCUACCGAUGCCAGUGACAUUCGAGGCAAAAUUGACAUGAAAAUGGAAUCGGUGUUUACCCCAUCGAUGAUAUUUCUACUCUCUGGAAUAGGUUUCGUAGCUAUUGUACUUCUUCAUCUGAUGGUGUUGCUUUGCUAUCGCGUAUCGCGCCAUCGGCGUAAUCGUCGGCAAUCGGGUGCAGCUGGUUACAAUACAGCCGCAUCCCAGGACGGCCAAGGGAUCGAUAUUAACAAGCUUCCUUCGAACAUAAACUAUCAUCGCACUGGUGCUCAGUUGAAUCCGAAGCUAGAAAAGCUGGAAUUUCCUCGCAACAACAUUAUCUACAUCAAGGAUCUGGGCCAGGGUGCGUUCGGGCGGGUAUUUCAAGCUAAGGCCCCCGGGCUCGUAGCGGGAGAAGAUUUUACGCUAGUCGCCGUGAAGAUGCUGAAGGAUGAGGCAAGCCAAGAUCUGCAGGUGGAUUUCGAACGGGAAGCUUGCCUGCUGGCAGAGUUUGACCAUCCAAACAUAGUGAAGCUACUGGGCGUUUGUGCAAUCGGGCGGCCGAUGUGUUUGCUGUUUGAGUUUAUGGCUCGAGGAGACUUGAACGAAUUCUUACGCCAAUGUUCUCCGUUUGCACAACAAAAUCGGGCUGACAGUAUCAGCACCGAGCUGUCGCACGGUGAUCUGCUGAACAUAGCGCACCAGAUAGCGUCCGGUAUGGUGUACCUUUCGGAGCGUAAAUUUGUGCACCGCGAUCUGGCGACCCGCAACUGUCUGAUCGACGACCAUAUGGUGGUGAAAAUUGCGGACUUUGGAUUGUCACACAAGAUCUAUCUGCAGGAUUACUACAAGGGUGACGAGAACGAUGCCAUUCCGAUACGCUGGAUGCCGCUGGAAAGCAUCCUGUACAACAAGUACACGAUCGAGUCAGAUGUCUGGGCAUACGGUGUAUGUCUGUGGGAGAUAUUCUCCUUCGCCAUGCAACCGUACUACGGUAUGACGCACGAGGAGGUGGUAAAGUUCGUGAAGGAAGGUAAUAUGCUCGGUUGCCCGGAAAACACACCGCUAACCGUGUACGAUCUGAUGCGCAAAUGCUGGAGCCGAAAGCCGAAUGACAGGCCCAGUUUUCAUGUGAUCUACCAGAAGCUGCAACAGAUACGGGCGGAUUUCGACGGGAAAAUGUUGAUGUAG